CAUAUAUAUAUAUUAACAAUGAGUAAGUAACAAUAGGAGAUAGAAAUGCAUGAUGUACAACAAUAGGAUACAUACAUAUCUCAUCUUGACCUAUUAAAAGAAGAUGAUAGUCAUCCUAUAAUGUGGUUACUACAUAUUCUGCUAAAAGCAUGCGCCUUUUUUUCGUACUUACUUUUGGGAUAUUUCAUUUAAAAUAUGUUUUAUGAGAUGAUAAUUUUAUUGAUUUGUCAUGGGGUUGAUUUUUAUUUGGUAAAAAAUGUUACCGGAAGAUAUUUAAUUGGAGUAAGAUGGUACACAGAUUUAUCAUUUCAUGGUUAAGAGAUUUAUAAAUAUGAAUUUUAUAACAAAGGAGAAGUGAAUGCAAUAGAUUCAACAGUUUUCUGGUAUUGCCAAUUUGGGUCUUCUUGUUUAUGGGCUUUCUUCGUUUUUGCAAACAUAUUUUAAUUCGGACUUAUAGAUAUAUUCUUAGCAGGUAUUGGAGCUUGUCUGAACUGGAUUAAUCUAUGGGGAUAUUACAAGGGAUCUUAAGAGUAAUAAAAAAAAAUGAGAAACAUUAAACAGUUUCUUGCCAAGAAGGGAGCCAAAUACCUGAUUAAUUAAAAAUGACCAAUAUCAAUUUUAGUUUUAUUAUGUAUAUUUACUAAAGAAACUUUAAAUGAA